UUAUCGAAAUUAACCACCAAAAAAGAAAAGAACACAAAAUUUAGGAAUUUCUCUGCAAAGUCUUUCCUCCCCGAGGCCAGAAAAUCCAUUUCCAUGGAGCUCUACUCUGCCACUCCCCGUGACAUCUCCCUCUCCAAGCUCUCCCCUUUCCAUCCUUCAGCUCAGAGGAGACCCCCCCGGGUCCCACCGUCUUGCGCCCGCGCGGGGACGCUGUCCCUGAGGGCGUCGUCGAGGCCCCCGACCGCCGCGCUCGAGCACGCCGGCGGGAAGAUGGUGGUGGAGCUGGUGGGGGCCUUCAACGAGCUGACGGAGAGGAUGAGCGGAGUGGCUCUGUCUAAGAGCUCGUCCAGGAUACUGUUCAAGGCCCUGAAGCUGUCCAUCCCGAUGCUGCAGAGCUUGGGCGUGGGCCCCGACGGCCGGCCUCUCCUCUCCAAGGCCCUCUCCGUCGCCGUCAUCCUCGCCGACCUUCAGAUGGAUGCAGAAGUGAUUUCCGCCGGCAUUCUGAGGGAAAUCCUCGAGGCCGGAGCGGUCUCGAUCCAUGAGGUGAGGGAUAGGAUAGGUAUGGGGACCGCUCAUUUACUGCACGAGAGCUUGCGCGUUAAGAACUUCCCGUCCAAGGUCGAUGUCUUGGAUGAAGAGAGCGCUGCUGCCCUGAGGAAGUUCUGCCUCACGUUCUACGACAUCAGAGCGGUGAUUCUCGAGCUGGCUCUCAAGCUCGACACGAUGAGGCACUUGAGUUACCUUCCGAGGUAUGAGCAGCAGAUGGUCUCCCUCGAGGUUAUGAAGGUCCAUGCGCCUUUAGCUCAUGCUGUCGGGACCAAGCUCCUCUCUUUGGAGCUCGAGGAUCUCUCGUUCCGGUACCUCUUCCCUUACUCGUACCUAUAUGUGGACACCUGGUUGCAGAGCCACGAGACGGGGAGUAAGCCUCUGAUAGAGAUAUACAAGGACCGGUUGCUUCAAUCAUUGAAGAAUGAUAAUGUUCUAGCUGAACUGGUGGAGGAUAUCUCAGUGCAGGGCCGUUAUAAAAGCCGUUACAGCACCAUGAAGAAGCUCCUCAAAGAUGGGAGGAGGCCUGAAGAGGUAAAUGAUAUUCUCGGACUGCGGGUUAUACUGAAGCCAAUGCCAGGAGUGGGUGAUAAGAUUGAAGUAGGGGAAAGGGCAUGCUAUCGGACACGUGAGAUUGUCCAAUCUCUAUGGAAAGAAAUGCCUCAUAGGACAAAGGAUUAUAUUGCUAGGCCUAAAGCGAAUGGGUAUCAGAGCUUGCAUAUGGCCGUUGACGUGAGCGAGAAUGGGAGGUUGAGGCCGCUGAUGGAGAUACAGAUCCGAACUACAGAGAUGAACAUGUUAGCAGCUGGUGGGACUGCAUCUCACUCGUUGUACAAAAGUGGUCUUACCGAUCCCGAAGAGGCAAAACGACUGAAGGCAAUAAUGCUGGCUGCUGCUGAGCUGGCAGCCCUUCGACUUCAGGACCUUCCUUCCACAAAUCAUAAAGACAUCGAGAUCGAUCACAGAGAUCGAGUAUUUCGCCUUCUUGACAGGAAUGGUGAUGGUCGAAUCAGCAUAGAGGAGCUCAUGGAAGUGAUGGAGGAGCUUGGAGCCCCAGGCGAAGAUGCGAGGGAGAUGAUGCAGCUUCUAGAUUCCAACAGCGAUGGGUCCCUUAGCUCUGAUGAAUUCGAUGCCUUUCAGAAGCAGGUUGAACUUAUGCGGAACUUAGAGGAUCGAGAUGAUCAAUACAGGACUAUGCUGGAUGAAAAACUUCAACUGGGCAACAUGACCGGGUUGAUUUAGGCUUUUGACUUAGACCUUGUUGUUUCAUACUGACACUGUGGAUAUGUAAUGUACUUGUGAUUAGAUAGUGUAAUAUAAAACAUGUAUUUCCCAGAUUCGAAUGCAAUGCAAUAAAGAAACUACCGCUUUAAGUUAGCGAUGGACCCCUUCUUGAAAUUCA